GUGGCAGCUGCGGCCGCCUCGGGAGCGCGAGGAGAGGCAGCCGCGGAGCGCUGAGCCGGCCGCGCCCCGAGGCCCGGCCCUGGGGGUGGGGAGGCACGCCGAGGAGCUGGAAACUUUCCCGGCAGGAGUUGACUCUGGGCAAGAACAUCCCUCCAGCAGAUGAGCAAAUCGGGACCUAACUUCCUUUCUUUUUCCUGGUGAAUGAGAAGUUACCAGCAAUAGAGACAUAAGAGUGUUGAAAAUGUUAAAGGCUGUGCUGAAGAAGAGCCGAGAGGGAGGAAAGGGCAGCAAGAAGGAGACGGGAGAUUUUGGUUCUGAGACACCGGCAGUCCUACCUCCCAGUGACUCUGCACUCAGCAGCAUUCCCCUGGAAGGGGACACCUGCCGGGUGAGCCUGGCCAAAGGUGUCUCGAUGUCUCUGCCUUCAUCACCCUUGCUGCCUCGACAGUCUCACUUGGUGCAGUCAAGAACCAACAAGAAGUCCCCAGGUCCCGUCAGGAAGCCCAAGUAUGUGGAAAGCCCCAGGGUACCUGGAGAUGCAGUGCUAAUCCCAUUCAGAGAAGUGGCCAAGCCAGCCCAGCCCGGUGAGAAUGAAGCGAAGACCGAUAAUGAACCAAGCUGUUCACCAGCAGCUCAAGAACUGUUGACAAGGCUGGGAUUUUUACUUGGAGAAGGGAUCCCAAGUGCCACACACAUCACCAUGGAAGACAAAAAUGAAACCACGUGCGCAGCGCUGAGCCAAGGCAUCAGUCCUUGCUCCACUCUUACAAGCAGCACUGCAUCUCCCAGCACCGAUAGCCCCUGCUCAACCUUGAAUAGCUGUGUCAGCAAGACAGCAACCAACAAAAGCCCCUGCGAGACCAUUAGCAGCCCCAGUUCCACUCUGGAAAGCAAGGACAGUGGAAUUAUAGCAACCAUCACGAGUUCUUCUGAAAAUGAUGACCGCAGCGGCUCCAGUUUGGAGUGGAAUAAAGAUGGGAGCCUAAGGCUGGGGGUGCAGAAGGGAGUGCUUCACGAUCGUAGGGCAGAUAACUGCUCCCCAGUGGCUGAAGAGGAGCCUCCGGGGCCAGCCGAGAGUGGGCUACCCAAAGCAGAGUCCUCAGCUGGAGAUGGUCCUGUCCCCUAUCCUCAGAGCUCCAGCUCGCUAAUAAUGCCGCGGCCCAACUCAGUUGCAGCAACAAGCUCAACAAAAUUAGAAGAUCUAAGCUAUUUAGAUGGACAGAGAAAUGCCCCUCUACGAACGUCAAUUAGACUUCCAUGGCACAAUACGGCGGGAGCACGAUUUGCUCCAUACAAGCCACAAGACAUUUUGUUGAAACCCCUGCUGUUUGAAGUACCAAGCAUCACAACGGACUCUGUGUUUGUGGGAAGAGACUGGCUCUUCCACCAGAUAGAAGAAAACUUGAGGAAUACAGAACUGACGGAAAACAGAGGAGCAGUUGUCGUUGGAAAUGUGGGAUUUGGGAAGACAGCAAUCAUUUCUAAGUUGGUGGCACUUAGCUGCCAUGGGAGCCGCAUGAGGCAGAUUGCCUCCCACAGCCCCAGCUCGUCACCCAAGACGUCAGAUACCACCCAGGAUCUUCCUUUCACUCCACUGCUUUCACCGGCUUCUUCUGCGAGUGGUCCCAAUGCGGCUAAACUGCCUGCUGGAUCUGGGCCUCCCGAAAACCCGAGACCAAGAGAGGAGGCGGUGAAAUACCUCGCUUCUAAGGUGGUGGCCUAUCACUACUGCCAGGCUGACAACACCUACACGUGCCUGGUGCCCGAGUUCGUGCACAGCGUGGCGGCCUUGCUCUGCCGCUCCCACCAGCUGGCCGCCUACAGAGACCUUCUGAUCAAGGAGCCGCAGCUACAGAGCAUGCUCAGCCUCCGAUCCUGUGUGCAGGACCCUGUGGCCGCUUUCAAAAGGGGCGUGCUGGAACCACUUAUCGGCCUGAGAAACGAGCAGAAAAUUCCCGAAGAAGAGUACAUUAUUUUAAUAGAUGGCUUAAAUGAAGCUGAGUUUCAUAAGCCUGAUUAUGGAGAUACACUUUCUUCGUUUAUCAGCAAAAUAAUUUCUAAAUUUCCUCCCUGGCUGAAGUUGAUUGUGACUGUGCGAGCGAAUUUUCAGGAGAUCGUCAGUGCGCUGCCUUUCAUCAAGCUUUCUUUGGAUGACUUUCCCGACAACAAGGACAUCCACAGCGACCUGCACGCCUACGUGCAGCACAGGGUGCAGAGCAGCCAGGACAUCCUCAGCAACAUCUCGCUGAAUGGCAAGGCGGACGCGGCCCUCAUCGGCAAAGUGAGCAGCCACCUGGUGCUGCGCAGCCUCGGCUCCUACCUGUACCUCAAGCUCACCCUGGACCUCUUCCAGAGGGGACACUUGGUCAUCAAAAGUGCCAGCUACAAGGUGGUGCCGGUGUCUCUGUCUGAGCUCUACUUACUGCAGUGCAACAUGAAGUUCAUGACCCAGUCCGCCUUCGAGCGUGCGCUCCCCAUCCUGAACGUGGCCCUCGCCUCUCUGCACCCCAUGACGGACGAACAGAUCUUCCAGGCCAUCAAUGCCGGCCACAUUCAUGGGGAGCACGGAUGGGAGGACUUUCAGCAGCGGAUGGACGCCCUCUCCUGCUUCCUCAUUAAAAGGCGAGACAAGACGCGCAUGUUCUGCCACCCAUCCUUCAGGGAGUGGCUGGUGUGGAGGGCGGAUGGCGAGAACACAGCGUUCCUAUGCGAGCCCAGGAAUGGACACGCUCUCCUGGCGUUCAUGUUCUCACGACAGGAGAGCAAGCUGAACCGCCAGCAGACCAUGGAGCUCGGCCACCACAUCCUGAAGGCACACAUUUUCAAGGGUCUCAGCAAGAAGACGGGCAUCUCCUCGAGCCAUCUGCAAGCCCUGUGGAUUGGUUACAGCACCGAGGGGUUGUCUGCUGCUCUUGCUUCUCUCAGGAAUCUCUAUACUCCCAAUGUCAAGGUGAGCCGUUUGCUGAUUUUGGGAGGGGCCAACGUGAACUACAGGACAGAAGUGUUGAACAAUGCCCCCAUCCUGUGUGUCCAGUCUCACCUCGGCCAUGAGGAGGUAGUCACUCUGCUCCUGGAGUUCGGCGCCUGCCUGGAUGGAAUGUCCGAGAAUGGCAUGACUGCCCUGUGCUACGCAGCAGCUGCUGGCCACAUGAAGCUCGUGUGCCUGCUGACCAAGAAGGGGGCGAGGGUGGACCACUUGGAUAAGAAAGGCCAGUGUGCGCUGGUCCACAGUGCGCUGCGAGGCCACAGCGAUAUCCUCCGCUUCCUGCUGACCUGUGAGUGGUCGGCAGGGCCACCACAGCCAGGGGCACUGAGGAAGAGCCAAGCCCUGCAGCAGGCCCUGACUGCAGCCGCCAGCAUGGGUCACAGCUCGGUGGUCCAGUGCUUGCUGGGAAUGGAGAAGGAACAUGAAAUAGAAGUCAAUGGCACCGACACACUGUGGGGAGAAACAGCCCUGACAGCUGCGGCAGGACGGGGCAAGCUGGAGGUGUGUGAGCUGCUGCUGGAGCGUGGAGCCGCCGUGGCUCGGACCAAUAGGAGAGGGGUCCUGCCUCUGUUCUGCGCCGCCCGCCAGGGGCAUUGGCAGAUUGUGAGGCUGCUGCUGGACCACGGCUGUGAUGUGAACCUGAGUGACAAGCAGGGCCGCACGCCCCUCAUGGUGGCUGCCUGUGAAGGCCACUUGAACACCGUGGAGUUUCUGCUUUCAAAAGGCGCCGCACUUGCUGCUCUGGACAAGGAGGGCCUGUCGGCACUGAGUUGGGCUUGUCUGAAGGGUCACAGGGCAGUGGUCCAGCACCUGGUGGAGGAGGGCGCGGAGAUCGACCAGACGGACAAGAAUGGCCGCACUCCCUUGGACCUGGCUGCCUUCUGUGGUGAUGCUGACACUGUGCUGUACCUCGUGGAGAAGGGAGCCGUGAUCGAGCACGUGGACCACAGUGGCAUGCGGCCCCUGGACAGAGCCAUCGGCUGUCGGAACACAUCCGUGGUGGUGACGCUUCUCAGGAAAGGAGCGAAGCUGGGAAAUGCUGCUUGGGCGAUGGCCACGUCCAAACCUGAUAUUUUGAUUAUACUCCUGCAGAAGCUGAUGGAGGAAGGGAAUGUGAUGUACAAAAAAGGGAAGAUGAAGGAGGCCGCACAGCGCUACCAGUAUGCCUUAAGGAAGUUUCCUCGGGAAGGCUUCGGCGAGGACAUGAGGCCGUUCAACGAGCUGAGAGUCUCCCUCUAUCUCAACUUGUCCCGCUGCCGGAGGAAAACUAACGACUUUGGCAUGGCAGAGGAAUUCGCUUCCAAGGCCCUCGAGAUGAAACCCAAGUCCUAUGAAGCCUUCUAUGCCAGAGCGAGGGCCAAGAGAAACAGCAGGCAAUUUGCGGCAGCUCUGGCGGACUUGCAAGAGGCGGUGAAACUCUGUCCAGGCAAUCAGGAGAUCAAGCGGCUCCUGGCCCGCGUGGAAGAGGAGUGCAAGCAGCUGCAGAGGAGCCAGCAGCUCAAGCAGCAGGGCCCACUUCCAGCUGCCCCCCAUGACUCAGACAACGAAGAGGCGGCCCCUGCCACAGGCCAGAACCAUCACUUCGAUCUGGAGGAGGCUGAGGAGGAGGAAGAGGGGGAGGAGGAGGAGGAGGAGGAAGAGGACGCUUCUCCCCAGGAGGAGCCCAUCUCCCCGCCUCCCAGGUGCCAGCCAUCACCCUACAUCCGAAACCUUCAAGAAGGAUUGCAGUCCCGAGCCCAGCCAGGGUCGCCCCAGAGCAGGGCGGCAGUGGGCAAGCCCCCGAGGGAGCCCGUGGCGCCGCCGGGGCUCAUCCUGCAGCCCAGCAAACAGGCGCAGAUUGUGAAGACGAGCCAGCGGCCAGUGCCCGGGCAGGGGGCGAGGGCCGCAGCCUAUAACCCUCCCCCGAGUCCCAUGCCUGCCCGCAUCGCAGCCCCGGGGGGCAGAAGCCAGCACGUGGAGGGUGUGGGCUGUGGCCAUGGUGGCGAGCGGCGUGGCGUGGGCCACAGCGUCCAGCUGCCGCGCGGGGACCCUUUCCCGGGCAAGGUGAAGACAGCAGACAGGCCGCCGCACGCCCCCAGCGCCGUGGACGCGGUCUCACUGGCCAGCUCCGGUUCCUCGGGCUCCCCCUGCGGUAGCAUCAAGAUGUCCAGUUCAGCCAGCAGUCUGACUUCGAGCAACAGCUUCUCUGAGGGGUUCAAGGUGCCAGGAGCUGACACGCGUGUGAGAGACAAGGCUGGGCACCAGCUCCCCAGUGGCACGGCGGAGCACAGGCCCCGCAACACGCCGUUCAUGGGCAUCACAGACAAGACGGCCCGGUUCCAGCCGCAGAGUGGCGCGGUGCACCGCACCUGGCACUGCCCAGCCCCCGAGGGGCUCCUGCCGGGCCCUGCCCCUGCAGCUGGCCUGCAGGCCUCCAGCUCCGAGAAGCCCCCUCUCAAACCUGGAGGCAUGUACCCUCAUCAAGCCAAAGCCUGCCCCGUGGCCACUCUGGCUGGCAGCGUCCACAAUGGGGCACAGGGGAAGGAGCUGGAGGAGAGCCAGUGCCUGCCUGCCGUGCCCAGUGCGGAUGGCCGCAUGGCCCGGAGCGUCUCGCACCUGUAUCAGGAAGGCCUGGCCAAGCCCCAGCCUCACGUGGGCAGCGAGGCCCGCAGGAGCCACCUGGCUACAGCAAAACCAAAGCGAUCCUUCAUAGAGUCCAACGUGUGACCACCUCCCCCCGCAACCUGGCAUCUGGGGAACCAAAUGUGUGCCUGGGGGCAGAUAAUUCCUGGGUUUGUUUCCUUUAAAAAGAAA